AGGCAGUACAAGAAGUUGCUAAGCAACAUACCGAAAUGAAGCCGGCCGUUACGCGGAGCCUGGAACCUGGACUGAAGAUCGUGGAAAUUGGAAAGAAGAAGACUGAAGACAAGGAGGAGGAGAUGAAAAAUUGGGUGAUGAAGACUUUUGGGAGUUCGCUGAGACUUCUCACGGAUAAGUUGGAUGACGUGGACCGAAAGUCGAAACUGGCAGAAGAAGAGAAAGAAGAGUUGAAACGCCUCCGAGCCGAGAAGGAAUUACAAGAUCUGAAAGAAGGAUCAAGCAGCGAGAAGAGGAAGACACCUCCUUCCACUCCUACGAAAGUCCUCAUCUCCUCCGACGAAGAAGAUGACGAUGGGGUGGAGCUUGUCAGAAAGAGAAGAGGGAACUUAACAAAGAAAUUCGAGGAGGUGAAAGCAAAAGGGAAGGAGAGAGCAACGGGUGAUAUGACGGAGAUCAAGGAUCUGUUGAAGCAGCUUGUGUCAAGCCUGGGACAAGCGAAGGUCGCCUCUAGUACCGUGGAACCUCUGCCAAUAAGGAUGAGACGUGAAGAACAGGGCGAGUGUAGUAAGAAGACCGAGGACAAACCGACUGAGGGGAAGGAAGCGCAUGACGAAGUCCUCAUGGAGGACCACGAUGAGCUGGGCUUGACCGGUUACAUGAAGAAUCGGGUGGAGAACUACAAUUCAAUGCACUACACACACAUCAUGGCCUUGUGCAAGGAGAAGAAUAUCGAAUACACAAGAAAAGGAUUUGGCGUAAUGGAAUUGGCGCGCCUAGGAAGAGUACAUGAGAUGUCUACACGAGAUGGAGGAGAAGGGUGCUAAGGUGGUGAUCGCAGAGGAGAGUGGGAUCUUAACUGAGGAAGACCAAGAUAUCCAGGGAAACUAGAGGGGCGGUCCCUCCGAUCUCGUCUCCGACUAUUUACAUGUGUGCAUAACCUCUGUAAUAGGAAGAUUAUUGAUCAACCACUCGCUGAGCAGAUUCAACGGCUUAUUGUUCUGGUCUGCUGUUUGACCGGAAAGAUAAAAUGGGGCGGGACUU